UAUCCCUCUUUUCCCAAUUUUCUUUGUCGAAGUCUUCGAUCUAUUCUCUUUUCGCCUCUCUACCCAAACCCUAAUUCGAUCCCCAAAUGGAUCUCUCGAAGCUUUAAUCAGUAAUUGUGCAUCACAAUAUCCAAUUUAACAUAGACGACUUUCUUGUUCCUCGUCAUAUAAUCGUUUUCCUGCCUGCAUAUAUUCUCCACCAUCGCUUCUCUAAUACAUUCCCUAACGGAAAUCGUUGAUUUUAACGACACAGAUUUGUAACCUUCUUCAGGUCAUUUAUUACUGAAAACAAGGUUUCAUAGUAAUCCUUACAAUGGCAUCUCUGGAUAUGUCGCUUGAUGAUAUGAUUAAAAGCAGGCGCACCACUGAUAGAGGCAGAGGGAGAGGUAGGGCUCGUGGUGGUGGCGGUGGUCGAGGUCAAGGAAGAUCAUUUGGUGGUGGAAGACCAACAGGGCCACCUCGCAGAGGUCCCCUUGCUGUGAAUGCCCGACCCUCAGCUUAUACUAUUGCAAAGUCUUUCCGCAGACCAAAGAUAUCCACAUGGCAGCAGGGUUUGUUUGAAGAGAGUCUAAAAGCAGUAGGAUUUGAUAAUGGUGCAAGAUUAAAUGUUUCCAAUCUGGACAUUGGGGUCACAAAUGAAGAUAUUAGGGAACUUUUCUCUGAGAUUGGAGAGCUCAAAAGAUAUGCAAUUCACUAUGACAAAAAUGGUCGUCCAAGUGGUUCAGCUGAGGUGUUGUUUGCUAGAAGAAGUGAUGCGUUUCAAGCACUUAAGAGGUAUAAUAAUGUACAGCUGGAUGGGAAGCCUAUGAAGAUUGAAAUUGAAGGCUCAAACUCUGAGAUGAUGCCUCUUUCUGCUCGUGUAAAUGUUGUUGGAGGGCGAAAUGGUCAAAGGACUGUUGUCAUGACCUCAGGAAUUGGUAGGGGAAGAGGAAAUGCUGCAGCUAUUCCUAAUCGUUCAUUUGGACAAAGGAUGCGUGGGGGUAUGAUGAGGAAUGGGCGUGGUGGAGGUGGAGGUGGUGGUGGUGGUCGUGGGCGGGGAAGAGGACAGAGUGGUGGUGGGCGUGGGCGGGGUAGAGGGAGGAAGGCGGUGGUUGACAAGUCUGCUGAUCAACUGGAUAAGGAACUGGACAACUAUCAUGCCAUGCAAACUUAAGUUUUUAGUUGGAGAGUUUGAAAACAGAGAGAUUGAUUUCAGUUGUGUAUAAAAAGCUUCUCAGUUUUUACUACUGUUAUUGAGUUGAAACCGAUGUUUUUGGGUUUAAUAUGGUUUGUAGAUUUCGAUUUUUUACUAAAUCCAUGUAUUUUAGUUUUUAAUUUGUUUUUUAGAAUGUUACGUCAAAAUUAAU